AUGGCCAAGGGUGAAGUUAACCAGGGCGACAAGUCCGUCUUCGGCAUGCCCGGAUUCGUCGUCGACUUCCUUAUGGGUGGUGUCUCCGCCGCUGUCUCCAAGACCGCUGCUGCCCCCAUCGAGCGUAUCAAGCUCCUCAUCCAGAACCAGGAUGAGAUGCUUAAGGCCGGUCGUCUCGACCGCAAGUACGACGGCAUUGUCGACUGCUUCAAGCGUACCUCCGCUGCUGAGGGUGUCGUCUCCCUCUGGCGUGGUAACACCGCCAACGUCAUCCGUUACUUCCCCACCCAGGCUCUUAACUUUGCCUUCCGUGACACCUACAAGUCCAUGUUCGCCUACAAGAAGGACCGUGAUGGCUACGCCAAGUGGAUGAUGGGUAACCUGGCCUCCGGUGGUGCUGCCGGUGCCACUUCCCUCCUCUUCGUCUACUCCCUGGACUACGCCCGUACCCGUCUGGCCAACGACGCUAAGUCCGCCAAGGGUGGCGGUGACCGUCAGUUCAACGGUCUCGUUGACGUCUACCGCAAGACCAUCGCCUCCGACGGUAUUGCCGGUCUCUACCGUGGUUUCGGUCCCUCCGUCCUCGGUAUCGUUGUCUACCGUGGUCUGUACUUCGGUCUGUACGACUCCAUCAAGCCCGUUCUCCUUGUUGGUCCUCUUGAGGGCUCCUUCCUUGCUUCCUUCCUGCUCGGCUGGACUGUUACCACUGCUGCUGGUGUUGCUUCCUACCCUCUGGACACUGUUCGCCGUCGUAUGAUGAUGACCUCCGGUGAGGCCGUCAAGUACAAGAGCUCCCUCGAUGCCGCCCGCCAGAUCGUCGCCAAGGAGGGCACCAAGUCCCUCUUCAAGGGUGCCGGUGCUAACAUCCUGCGUGGUGUUGCCGGUGCUGGUGUCCUGUCUAUCUACGACCAGGUCCAGCUGAUCAUGUUCGGCAAGAAGUUCAAAUAG